AUAAGGGCCACUGUUACUACAGUAUCCCAGGAGACUGCAGAGAAAUAAGGAUUUUGUGUGCAUCCUUCUCCAAACCAGUGUCAGCACGGGAAAUGUUCCAACUUGGGAGCCUUGUUGUCUUGUGCAUCCUGCUCACUGGGACCUCAGCAUCAGCUUUUGAUGACCCUCAGACCAUGAAGUUGAAUCCUGAGUUGCUUCAGAAACCUGCGGAUUGGCCAUUAGCCAAGAAGAGGAUUAUAGAAACUUUCGAUAAAUUGGAACCGAGACUUUUUAAACUCUUUUCAUCUAAAAAUGUUUUACGGUUGCAGAACAAUGAAAUCAGAAUCCUGGACUUGCAAGUUGGCCUGUCUGCCUAUGGCAGAGGCAUAGACCUGACUAUGCCCUUUAUUACGAAUACCUCUCUGUUUAUGCCUAGGAUUGACCUCAGAGGUGACUAUCUUAUUUUCUUCGACCUCACAACUUCACUCAAGAUUGAAACUAUUCCCGAGACUGGCCUUCCAAUCGUAACCAUAGGGAAAUGCUGGAGUGAUCCAGAAAAUAUCACCUCUUUCUUGUUGGACAGAACAAGCAUCUCUGCAAAAAUUCUUCUGGACGCUACAUCCACUAUCCUUAAAUUGGUAUUGGAGGAAUUCAUGACAAAUGAAAUAUGUCCACUCUUCAAAUCCUUCCUCAGCAACCUGAACGUCACUCUUAUUCAGGAUCUUUUCUCUAAUAUAAAGAGAAGACAGUCACCAAGUUCCAUCUGAAGAAGAAGCAGCAGAAGGAGGAAUGCCAUGACUCCUGCUGACUAUUCCCCAGUGGCUUCAUCUGACUCCCCGUGACAUUUCUAUAUAUAAAAUGCUGCCACCAUCUGCACAAGGUCUGCCUGAACCCUCUUGAAUGACCUUCUCUGACUCCUUUCUUCUCCCAGUGGACUCUACACCUGUUUUCACCACCCCAGCAUUAAAAUCCUAACUUCA